UCACAGUUCACACCAAUACUGUACCUGGGAGAGUCGGAGGUCGAAGAAUUUUCAACAUAGUUUCUCCAUUUUCUCUCUCCUCCGUGAUAGCCACCACCAAUGUUGCUCAACUAAGAUGACCAACGAGAUUAUAUUUUGAAGCCAAAUUCUUCAGAAAAAACAUAAACGGGUUUAGAAAUGGGUAAUUUGAUGGGCUGCUUUGGAUUGUCCGCUACGCCUGAUUUACUCCCUGAAGAAAUUCUCACACCUACUUCUUCAGGAAUAUCUGUUAGAAAUUCAUCAGGUAAAGGGUAUUCAUCAAGUAAAGGGUAUUCAGAGAGCAGUAGUUCAGGAAACAGUGGGUUUUCCUUUGGAGAUCAGCUGAGUUUUGGGGAAACAUCUCCCAGUGGAGAAUUACUGGAAAAACCCAAUUUAAGGAUUUUUAGUUUUGCGGAACUAAAGAAUGCUACAAAGAAUUUCAAGACUGAAACACUUCUGGGCGAAGGAGGAUUUGGGAGGGUGUACAAGGGUUGGAUCGAUGAGAAGGCUAAUGUGUAUUCUAAGAGUGGGGUUAAAAUUGCGGUGGCGAUUAAGAAGUUGAACUCUGAGAGUAUGCAGGGUUUUGAAGAAUGGCAGUCAGAGGUGAACUUCUUGGGAAGGUUGUCCCACCCCAACCUUGUUAAGUUGUUGGGAUAUUGUUGGGAGGAUAAAGAAUUGCUUCUUGUGUAUGAAUACUUGCCGAAAGGAAGCUUGGAAAACCAUCUAUUCAGAAGGAAUACCUCCAUGGAACCACUCAGCUGGGACAGGCGUAUGAGCAUAGCUUUGGGAGUAGCUCGAGGCCUGGCUUUUCUGCAUAAUUCAGACAAGCAAGUGAUAUAUAGAGAUUUUAAGGCCUCAAAUAUACUUCUUGAUGUGAAUUAUGAUGCAAAGAUAUCAGAUUUCGGUUUAGCUAAACUGGGACCAUCUGGUGGAAACUCGCAUGUGACAACCAGAGUCAUGGGAACAUUCGGGUAUGCUGCUCCAGAGUAUGUUGCAACAGGUCACUUGUAUGUGAAUAGUGAUGUAUAUGGAUUCGGAGUUGUGCUGCUUGAAAUGUUAACUGGAUGUCGAGCAGUUGAUUUGAACCGACCAAAAGGACAGCAAAAUCUUGUAGAAUGGACGGGGCCUUAUCUUUCAAACAAGAAAAAGCUGAGAAUCAUCAUGGAUGCACGGCUUGAGGGUCAAUAUUCACUCAAGGCAGCGUUUGAGUUGGCUCAACUCACUGUAAAAUGUCUCCGGGUAGAUCAUAAAGCCCGCCCCAACAUGAAGGAGGCAGUACAAGUGCUACAAAAAGUUGAAGCCGUCAAGGUCAAGAAAGAAAACAGAGCACACAGUGGAGCAGCUAACAACAAAAACUCUGAUAAUUUUCGUCGUUCUCCUUACCAUCCGCAGCACCAUGACCCAAGGACAAGAAUGGAAUCUCAGUCACCACAGGUGCGGUAAAACUGCACAAUAUAAUCUAAGGAUUAAGACAGGUUUUUUUCAUGAAUUCCCAAAAUACAUGAUGGUGAUAUCUUGUUUAUGAGCGAUUUUUGUUAAUGAUGGUGUCAAAUUAUGUUGUAAAUUGUUCGGUAUAAUGAAUAUGUUGAUUAUCUAUGUGAUAAAGUCACUUGCCUUGCUUUA